GUGGUGGAGGGCCGGUGGUUGGCUGUGAAAGGGGCGGUGAGCGAGGUGCUCCGGUCUCAAGGCGAGGCUUGGCCUCCCCAGCAGAGACGGGGGGAAGCGGCGGCGGCAGCGGCGGCCCUUGGGCCGGCUGGUGAGGCGAUGGCGGCGCCAGCCCCGGGGCCUGGGGCAGCCUCCGGCGGCGCUGGCUGUAGCGGCGGCGGCGGCGGCGCUGUCGGCGGCUCGGGCUCCGGGUCCGGGUCCGCGGGGGCAGGGGGCCGGCUGCCCAGCCGGGUGCUGGAAUUGGUGUUCUCCUACCUGGAGCUGUCCGAGCUGAGGAACUGCGCCCUGGUGUGCAAGCACUGGUACCGCUGUCUGCACGGUGAUGAGAACAGCGAGGUGUGGCGGAGCCUUUGCGCCCGCAGCCUGGCAGAAGAGGCUCUGCGCACGGACAUCCUUUGCAACCUGCCCAGCUACAAGGCUAAGGUACGAGCUUUCCAGCAUGCCUUCAGCACUAAUGACUGCUCCAGGAAUGUCUACAUUAAGAAAAAUGGCUUUACUUUACAUCGAAACCCCAUUGCUCAGAGUACUGAUGGUGCAAGGACCAAGAUUGGUUUCAGUGAGGGCCGCCAUGCAUGGGAAGUGUGGUGGGAAGGCCCUCUGGGCACUGUGGCAGUGAUUGGAAUUGCCACAAAACGGGCCCCCAUGCAGUGCCAAGGUUAUGUGGCAUUACUGGGUAGUGAUGACCAGAGCUGGGGCUGGAAUCUGGUGGACAAUAAUCUACUACAUAAUGGAGAAGUCAAUGGUAGUUUUCCACAAUGCAACAAUGCACCAAAAUAUCAGAUAGGAGAAAGAAUUCGCGUCAUCUUGGACAUGGAAGAUAAGACUUUAGCUUUUGAACGUGGAUAUGAGUUCCUGGGGGUUGCCUUUAGAGGACUUCCAAAGGUCUGCUUAUAUCCAGCAGUUUCUGCUGUAUAUGGCAACACAGAAGUGACUUUGGUUUACCUUGGAAAACCUUUGGAUGGAUGACAGUCGCUUUCUUGGGGUGAAAGACAGAAUGGAGGAGAUAUCUGCUUGUGGAAAGUAGAAUCAUGAAGUGACAGUGUCAUACAUGCAUGCCCAAGAAACAUCCUGAAAAACACACGAAAUUGUUAACUGGAGAAGCAACUCUAUGGCAGAGCUUAUCUUAGUGUUUCCUCUUUGUACUGGGCCAGAAAAAUCCUCAGGGUUGCAGUUGGUUGAGUGGGCAGUUGACAUAUGCAUGUUGCAACAGAUUUUGUCUCUAAGUUAGCAAUGUGUCAUUUCCAACUUUUAAGGUGAGAUUUUAGAGAUGCUAUAAAAGGGAUAAGAUAAGGAAAUAGCAAGAUUUUUAAGCAGUGUGUUUGUGAAGAAAGACUGAUACUGUUUUACAACUGCCUGUUUUUUCUCCAGACCCUUUUUUCCAGCCAGCUUGACUAUUAGAAAAGUAUGAAACUGGUUGGGUUUUAUUUAAUAUUUUUAAUAUAUUGAGAAGCAUGGUCUGCCUGGACUGCACUUCUCUAACAGUGAGAUGUAAAAUUGUGCAGCUAUUUUAAAAGUUGUAUAUAUAAUAAGUGUGUAAAAAAACUGUAAAAAAAAAAAAAAAACAAAACAGGACAAAGGGGUUGCUUUGUUCUAGUUCAAUUUCUUAAAAACCACUACAUGGUACAAAAUUAGAAUAACAUUUAGGGAAAAUUAGGUAACUACAAAGAAGAGGAUUUUAAGAGGAGAUGUGUUGUAUUGGCUCAUUUUUACAUUAAUUUGGUUUACAGUUUCCAUAGCUAUUACAGUCUGGUAUUUUUUCUUUGAACGAUCAAAAUUAUUGUAAAGACCCCUCAGUGUCCUGGUUUAAGAUUGAGGGAAGGCAAAUUUUAUUUCUAAUCAUACAUAGGUCAGUAGUAAUAACAAUAAUGUGCAUCUUAUAGUAUCUGGUUUUAUAUUUUGGCCUUUUGAGAAAGUGUCUCAUAACAAUAUAGAACAUUGCCAUUUGCUCUUACAGGCCCCAAAUAUGAAAGCUGUUAGUCACAGGCCUUUGGAGAAGAAUUAAUGGUCCUUUUAUUUUGUAACUUUAUAAUGCUGUAGAUACUAUAAUUUUUUUUUAAAUUUCAUAUUGUUUACAUCAUGGCAACAAAUCUAAGCCUCAAACUCUUCAUUGGGGUUAUCAAGAAAAUGUUUACUCACCCAUCUGAAACAGUGCCAGCCUGAACCCAGGUUAAGAAUGUUCUUAAUCUCAUUAUAGAUAAUUGCCCCCAUGGGACUUGAAAUAAAAUACCUUGUGCUGAAAAUGAAAACUUCAGGUUGGCAAUAUUUUGAAGGUUUCCUUAUAGAAGAGCUUGACAUUAAUUCCUAAUUUGAGUUUUUGACUAAUAAAUCUAAUUUCACUAAUACUCUUGAAUUAAUAAUCUAACAUACAUGAGCUGAGAUUUUCUUUUGUUAUAAGAGAAACAAACAUCAUCUUUCUGUAUGAAAGUAUAAAUGUAUGGUUUCAGAUGCAUCUUUGUGAUAAGAAUUGACUAAGGCAGGUGGUUCUUUGCCUUUCAGCUUAUUGCUGUGUGUAAUUUUGUUUUAAAUCUAAUCAAAUUAGGGACAGACAGUAAGCAGCUGGCUGGAGUUCUUGGCUUGCUCCUUGAGAGUUAAGAUUAUCAAUACUCUUAUGAAGCAGGGGAUUUCAGUCAUGAACAAAGAUUUAUUUUUGCCACUUGACAGGUUUACAAAUAUUUAUUGUAUAUUUGGUAUGUUGCUUACAGUUGAAAUCUGUUAAAGAUCCUUUUCAAUAUCCAUGUCAAGAAGAAACCUGGAAACCAUAUUUAAUAAUAGUACAGAGUGAAAUUAUAUGUUAAAUGUGUUAGAGAAUGUAGCUGCUACAGAAAUUGAUUUUUCUUGGUGCAGAACAACUCAAUUUGGCAAAGUUUAGAAUUUGAAGAAAAGAACUGGUUCAGGAUGAAGGUUGAUAAAUGAUAAGACAAUAAAGUCCCUUAUGUGCUUGGUUUUUUUUUUCAGGGAGUGAUAUAGCCAAUUCCAAGAGCUUUUGCUGAGAGUUUUGUU